AUUCGAUACGGGACUCCAGUGGACGGGUGCUGGUCCAUUGUCAAGCAGGCAUCUCCCGCUCGGCCACCAUCUGCCUGGCCUACCUGAUGAAGAGGAAGCGUGUCCGUUUGGACGAAGCGUUCGAGUUCGUGCGCCGGCGUCGCAGCAUCAUCUCCCCAAACUUCAGCUUCAUGGGGCAGCUGCUGCAGUUCGAGUCGCAGGUCCUCGCCACCUCCUGUGCGGCCGAGGCGGCGGCCACGGCGAGCCCGCUGCUCGGACCCAAGUCCACGACGGCCACCGCUUCGGUGACGGCCGCGCCGUCCUCUCCGUUUAUUUUCAACUUCCCGGUGUCGGUGGUGAACCCUGCCUACCUGCACCACAGCCCCAUCACGACCUCCCCUGGCUGCUGAUGCUCGGCCUUCCCCUGACACUGAGUGAGCACAGACUGGGCUUGCUAUUGGCUGGAAGCGCUGUCAGUCUCGCGGACCGCUGCAGUAUGUACACGCUUCCGCAGCAGGGAGGUGAGGAGCGUCACGGUGCCUGAUUCAGAACACACUGAAAAGACUUUUAUUUUGAAACCAGCCAACCUGUCCGCUCAUUAAUUCCAUUUGACCAAAAAUAGGAUGGCUUUCCAAACUUUUUUUUUUAAAUAAUAAAGUUCACUUCGUGUAACGUGGACUCACCUUCUUCCAACGUGCACAGAGGCACACGGACACACAAAAUCUAACACAGAGAGGCCCGAGCAGCGCACACAUUCAUGACUGAAUGAGCUCAGUAUGAAGAUGGCUUGUUGCUAUGGAGACGAGGUCUUUAGGAGAGGAGAUGGACACAGGAAGGAAGGAAGGAGGAAUUUUAAGCACCCACUCUUUUUCUCUUUGGGUGUCCCUCCUGCUGCCGGACAAAAGAGACGGAGGAGGAAAAAAAAGAGAGAGGAGAGAAGGAGACGGUGACAGAAAGCAGGAGCCUCUUCAGUGACGGGUGUUCAGCCGGGGAUCCGACCGGAGCUUCCUGUCCUUCAUACGUCCUCUUCCUCCCCCCCCCACUCACAUACGCCUCCUCUCCUCCUCAUCUCUGCCUCUCAUCUUUGGCCUGCCUUUGCUUUUCGUCUUCUCGCUUGAAAGGCUGAAAGGAAUCAAAUUAGAUGCCAAAUGAAUGCCAGGGCCCUUGAAAAUGGACUGGGAAACCCCUGAGAUAUCGUAGGAAAGCCCUGUAUUGCAUCACAGCUAAAUGUAUUUUGAUGAAAGGGCUGAAAAAGAUGAAAAUGAAGUGGUACAAUACUUUUUUUUUUUUUGUUAGGACAUUUUGUUGUACGGGAAUUGGGAGUAGUAUGGUCCAGGAAGACAUCAGCUGGUGGUUUUGCAUUUUUACCUUUCUAAAAAUUAUGUAUCUUUAACCGUCGACACCUGGGUUUCACUUCUCUUCAGAACUUCCUGAAAUAAACUUCACAUCGGCUCCUGUUGGUGCCUUGGAAAUUGUUGUAGUUAAGAAGCAAAAAUGUUUGUCUUCAGUGGACGGUCCUUUAAGUGUCUGUGCCUUGUUCAUGAAGGUAUCCUCUGGAUUUAGGCAUCAAGAAAGAAAGCAAAUUCCUGAAUGUUGGUCAGAC